AUGAGAAAUUGCAAAAUGGCCCGGGUCGCCAGUGUGCUGGGGCUGGUCAUGCUCAGCGUCGCCCUGCUGAUUUUAUCGCUCAUCAGCUACGUGUCCCUGAAAAAGGAGAGCAUCUUCACCACUCCCAAGUACGCCAACCCGGGGGCGCCCCGAAUGUACAUGCUCCACGCGGGAUUCCGGUCGCAGUUUGCGCUGAAGCUUCUAGAUUCGUCUCUGGUGCCCUUCCCGCAUUCUGUGACCCAUGAACUCCAAGCCAGACCUAAGUGGACAUUUAAUCGGACGGCGUUUUUACAUCAAAGGCAAGAAAUUCUUCAGCAUGUCGAUGUAAUAAAAAAUUUUUCUUUGACCAAGAAUAGUGUUCGGAUUGGACAACUGAUGCACUAUGAUUAUUCCAGCCAUAAAUAUGUUUUCUCUAUUAGCAAUAACUUCCGAUCACUGCUUCCAGAUGUGUCUCCCAUUGUGAAUAAGCGUUAUAACAUUUGCGCUGUGGUUGGAAAUAGCGGGAUCCUGACAGGGAGCCGGUGUGGACCACAGAUAGAUAAGUCAGAUUUUGUUUUCCGUUGCAAUUUUGCCCCUACGGAGGCUUUCCAAAGAGAUGUUGGAAGGAAAACCAACCUAACCACCUUCAACCCCAGCAUCCUGGAAAAAUAUUACAACAACCUUUUGACCAUUCAGGACCGUAACAACUUUUUUCUCAGUUUGAAAAAGCUUGACGGGGCCAUUCUUUGGAUCCCUGCCUUUUUCUUCCACACGUCGGCCACUGUUACCAGGACAUUAGUUGACUUUUUUGUUGAACACAGAGGUCAGUUAAAGCUCCAGUUGGCUUGGCCUGGAAACAUAAUGCAACAUGUCAACAGGUACUGGAAAAACAAGCACUUGUCGCCCAAACGGCUGAGCACAGGUAUUCUCAUGUACACCCUGGCGUCAGCAGUCUGUGAGGAGAUCCACUUGUAUGGAUUCUGGCCUUUCGGAUUUGACCCCAACACAAGGGAAGACCUUCCGUACCAUUACUAUGACAAAAAAGGAACCAAAUUCACCACCAAGUGGCAGGAAUCCCACCAGCUGCCGGCCGAGUUUCAGCUGUUGUACCGAAUGCAUGCGGAAGGGCUCACCAAGCUGACUCUGUCGCGCUGUGCCUGA